AACGGACGAGGUCACGUAUUUGCUUGCAUUUGACCGAGUGCAAUUUUAGGAUCUAUUUGUGAACACAUUGAGGAACAGUCGUAUAUAGUAAAAUUCGGUUGUGGUGGAAAAGAACGAAAAAAAAAUGGCGAAUAUUCGUGAUUGAGAACGACCAACAAAGUCAAAGGAAUUGACAGCGAGAAAAGAGCUCGAAAAACGAGUGAAACUUACAUCGCAAAUAAAAAGUUAUUACCAGGACGGUGAUUGCGAAACGUCAUAAAACAAUUCAUACGAAUCGAGCGACUUCGUGGGGCAAGGAGCAUAACUAUUACUUUCUUAAAGAGGGUUAUCUCUCUCGAAUGACAUAUAUCAAAUAAAUGUUAACGCAAUGGGCAAUGUAUCGAAGGAUCCAAUGACUUCGCAUUGUACUUCGUUGUGAUCUGAUUUAAUUUUAUUCCAACGAUCAUUUCAUUCAUCGGAAACGUCAGCAGAUCUCCGAUGAGAGCUCGAUACACGUACAAAAUGCAGAGCAGAAUAAUACGACGAUUAUAUUUAUAUAUUUUAUUAUCACGAUAAUAGGUAUACUUGCCUAGAUUUUAGAUUUUAUAUAAUACAAUAAAGAUGGAUCAAGAAACAGUAUAUGGUACGCACGAAGACAGUCAUGUUGUCAUGUCUGAAAAAGUACAGUCCUUGGCAGGCAGUAUUUAUCAAGAAUUUGAAAAGAUGAUUGCAAGAUAUGACGAAGAUGUAGUCAAAGACCUAAUGCCUUUGCUAGUCAAUGUUUUAGAAUGUUUAGAUGUAUCCUAUACAGAAAAUCAAGAACGCGAAGUUGAAUUAGAAUUAUUAAGGGAGGAUAACGAACAGCUAGUUACACAAUAUGAGAGAGAAAAGCAAUUGAGGAAAACGUCUGAUCAGAAAUUGCUCGAGCAAGAAGAUGUUGCAGAAGAUGAAAGGAAAGAAUUAUUAUCAAGAAUUGACAGUUUAGAGUCAAUUGUAAGAAUGUUGGAGCUGAAAACAAAGAAUUCGCAAGAUCACGGUACAAUUGCCAAUGGUUCUUCCAGUACAUCCUCUCUUAGCACAUCUUUUCACAUUGUUCGUCUCGAAGAAAAGGAAACAGAGCUAAAACGUGAAUACGCCCGCCUACAUGACAGAUAUACAGAAUUAUUUAAGACACAUGUAGAUUAUAUGGAAAGAACAAAAAUGUUGGUUGGUAGUACGGAAAGAUUAGAAAAUGCAACUGGUGGUCGUGGUCCAUCAAGAUUGCCUUCUCUUGGUUUAGCUCACAUGUCAAGAAGUUCUGGUCCUUUAAGUUAUGGAUUUCAAAGUUUAGAAGCAAGUAUAAAUGCAGAAGAACCUCAAGAUGAAAGCCCACCAAAUGCUGCAAAUUUAAGAACUGAAAUGUUGGAUAGUAGUAGUGAAGCUGCAAUAGAAACCUCUGAUAAAAGUCAAUUAACAGAUCAGCCUGAACAAGAAAAUAAGACUACUGCAAUUUCCAGACAUGAAAGUCCUGAGACUGAAUUGCCACCACCACUGAUAACACCGACGACACCAAGUGGAAUGGAGAAAUUAGCUACAACACCAAGUGGUGGUAGAAGUAAAACUGAAAGAGAACAAAGAAGUGGCAAUACAUUAUAUCAGGAACUUAGUUUCCAAGAUGCAGAUGCAUUAGGUGAAAUGGAUGAAGGUGCAGAUAUCACAGGUAGUUGGGUCCAUCCUGGUGAAUAUGCAUCAUCGGUCAAUGACAACUUUUAUGGAAUGGGAAAAGAAGUGGAAAAUCUUAUUAUGGAAAAUAAUGAAUUACUAGCUACAAAGAAUGCCCUUAACGUAGUUAAAGAUGAUUUAAUAGUUAAAGUGGAUGAACUGACUAGCGAGCAAGAAAUAUUACGCGAGGAAGUUCGUGGUUUGCAGCAAACUAAGGAUCGCUUACGUCAACGUGUUGCGGCACUUGAAGAAGAAUUAAAGAAAGUGAAAGAGGAUGCUGAGGCUGUCGCAAAAGCAGCGAAGAGCGAUGACGAAGAGGACGUGCCUUUAGCUCAAAGAAAAAGAUUUACAAGAGUGGAAAUGGCCAGAGUUCUCAUGGAAAGAAAUCAAUAUAAGGAAAGAUUUAUGGAACUUCAAGAAGCUGUUAGGUGGACUGAAAUAAUUAGAGCAAAUAAAAUUGAUCCUUCCAAUACAUCAGGAGGAAAAGGUUCACAAUUUUGGAAGUUUUUUAGCAGUCUCUUCACAACAACUGAUCGUGGGAAUUUAGUUCGUGGAACACAUACCUUACCUCAUAUUCGCUAUAGUGCACCAACGAAUCAAGUUGUUCCAGCCGUGAGCACCAUGCGUAAACACACGUUGAAAAAUCGCCAUGACUUUCUCGACCAAGGAGACACCAUAUCUUCUGAAAAGCUCGUAGCACGCCGAGCAAACGAACGAAGAGAACAAUAUCGUCAAGUCAGGGCACACGUUAGAAAAGAAGACGGUCGAUUACAAGCUUAUGGAUGGAGUUUGCCAGGAAAACCAAUAGCACCAGUAAGACAACCUGUACCAGUACCAGUAUAUUGUAGGCCUCUUCAAGAAACAGAACCAGGAAUGAAAAUUUGGUGUGGAGCUGGUGUAAAUCUAACUGGAGGCAAAACACCAGAUGGUGGUUGUAUGAUUGGAGGAAGUGUAUUUUAUGCAGCUGAAGCAUCAGAAACAAAUACAACUAAAACAGAAGCUGAAGAUGCGGUUGAACAUUUAGACAAUGAACUUCAAGAAAAUGAACAACGUAGAUUGGAGGCAGAACAAUUGGAACAGAAACUUAGUUCCUUGGUCUGGAUUUGCACAUCGACUCAAAAGAUGUCAAAAGUUACAGUUAUAGAUGCCAAUAAUCCAGCAGAUAUUUUAGAGGUUUUCAGUGUUUGUCAAGGACAUUUACUUUCCAUUGCUAGUGUACCUGGUGCCAUGGAAAGUGAUUAUCCUAAAAACUUGAAGGAGAAUUCGACAUAUAAACUUAAUAAUAAAAAUGGUGAUAACAUAGAUAGUAAUCAUGAUGAAUCGGUCAUAAUCGAACAUAUUGAUCAGAACGAACAGAAAAAAAUCCAAGAAGCGACUUCUAUCGAGAACAAUAAACAGGAGAAUGGUAAUUCUGUCGAAGAACAAAGUAAUGAAACUGUAGAAAAAACAAAAGAUACGGAUCAGAGUUCGAGUGCCGGACCCCAAAGUUUGGAAAGUGUAGAUAGCGAAACAGCAAAUUUAGGAAAGAUUUAUUUUAUUAAAUGCAAUUCAGAAGUAGUGAACGAUGAAUUAAAUUGCAAAGAAGAUAAGAACGAGGAAGACGAAAAUAAGGAAAUAGAGGAAAGUACACCUAUCGAAAAAAUGUCAUCAAUACAACCAACUAUGUGGCUGGGAGCUCAAAAUGGUGCUGUUUUUGUACACUCGGCUGUUGCCAAAUGGUCUGUUUGCUUGCAUUUUGUAAAAUUAAAGGAUGCGGCUGUGGCUAUCGUGCACGUUCAAGGCCGCGUUUUAGUUGCUUUGGCCGAUGGAACUGUAGCUUUGUUCCGAAGGGGCCCAGAUGGUCAAUGGGACCUUUCUCAGUAUCAUGUUAUUACUUUAGGAAGCCCACAACACUCGAUCAGAUGUAUGACCGCUGUCAGUGGAAAAACAGUAUGGUGUGGAUAUAGAAACAAAAUCCAUGUGAUAGAUCCUAUUAGAAUGACUGUUGAAUGCACUGUCGAUGCUCAUCCUAGAAGAGAGUCACAAGUGAGACAAUUGGCAUGGCUAGGCGAGGGCGUUUGGGUUAGCAUUCGAUUGGAUUCAACAUUAAGACUCUAUCAUGCACAUACUUAUCAACAUCUACAAGAUGUUGAUAUAGAACCUUAUGUCAGUAAAAUGCUGGGAACAGGGAAACUCGGAUUUUCUUUUGUACGAAUCACAGCUUUAUUAAUUUCCUCAAAUAGGUUGUGGAUUGGUACUGGAAAUGGAGUGAUAAUUUCAGUACCACUAUCCGAAAGUGCAGGCGGUUCAAUGGCAGUAUCCAGAGUUCAAACGGGAGCUAAUAAAGGUGAUGCACCAGGAAUUGGUGUUAGAGUCUUUGCAUCGGAACGAGGUGUUGCAGUUGGAAGCUUUAUACCGUAUUGUAGUAUGGCUCAUGCCCAACUAAGUUUUCAUGGGCACAGAGAUGCCGUAAAAAUGUUUGUCGCCGUACCUGGCCACGGUGGUCAAAGUGCAGCAACCGAUGGUUCACAGCCUGCGAUGCUUGUAUUAUCAGGGGGCGAAGGUUACAUUGAUUUUAGAGUCGGUGAUGGAGAAGAAACAGAAGAGAGUAUCGAACGGUCUAAUGCUAUAAUAGCAGCCAAUGCUGACGAACAUGGUGAACAAAGUCAUCUUAUCGUUUGGCAAGUCCAGUGUCCGAUACCGAUGCCCAGUUAGCCUAUGAAAUGGGAAGACAACUUCAUCAUGGUGCACGGAUAGCUUAUGUCUCAAUAAUGUUUGAUCAACAAAUCCCCAUAUGUUGGAAACAAACAAAAAGUCAAUGAAUGAUAUUUGUUGAUUCAUGAAAGAAAAAGAAAAAAAAAAUAUGCGAUCGUAAUAUAACUUUAAAAAUAAUAUGGUUUCGUACAGCAGUAUAAGGAAAAGCGUUUUAAACAAUAAUAAGUAACAUUUUGCGAUAAACAUAUAAGAUCUCUGCAUGUAUUGCAUUUACUCUGCUUCUACGUUGAGUAAUCUAGGAGGAAGGAGAAGGAAAAAAAUAUAUAUAUAUUAUAUAUAUAUAUAUAUAUAUUUACUGAAUUUGAAGUAACUUAAACAAAUUUUAUAAAUUUCGAGAUGUUCUUAGAAUUAAAUGCUUAUCCCAAUAUGUUUCGGCAUUUCCUAAUCUGUUGUAGUUGAAUCGAAUUAUUCUAAUAAUCGUAUGCACUUAUCACGGAAUAACGUCGAUUUUUAUUUCACAUAAGUUAUUUCAUAUAAGGAAUUAUAUGUUGUUAAAUGUAUAUGAAAUAAGUAACUGGGUAAUCACGUUAAAAAAAAAAAAAAUAUCACAUUAGAUAGAAUUAAAAAGGGAAAAAAAAAAACGUUGGGCAUUAAAAGGGCACUAAAGUUAUAAUGUUCUUGCCAUAAAUCGAUGCGACGAACAAACAAUAAGAAAUAAAAUCUAAUGAAUUUGGAAAUAUUGCCGUGACAUAGUUAUUCAUAUAUCGCAUUUGUUCUAAGCAUUGUUUCACUAUAAAAGUCAAAUGGGAUAAGUGGUGCAAUUAACUCAGGCAGAAUUUAGUUAUAGAAUUAUAAUUUACUGCGUCUUUUAAUUCAUUUUACUUCUACAAAAAAAAAAAAAAAAAGAAAAGAAAAAACGAAGAAAAAGAAGAAGAAGAAGAAAGAAGGAGGAAGAAGAAGAAAAGAAAAAAAAAACGAAAGAAAAUAUACAUCAUAUAUAAUCCAUUUGUUAUUAUUUGCGAAUGAACUUCACAAAAUCGUCUUUUACGAUUGUUCAUAAUUUCGACGGAUUUAAAUCAGCCAAUUAUGUAAAUAUUAUAACCAUUUUUAUAGCGCAAAUAGGAACGUAAUUAUUUAAUUAUUUAUUGACGGAAAUAAUGAAUUAUAAUUUCAAUAAGAAAAUUCUUUCUUUCCGUCUUUUAAAGCUUUACGUUCUCUUCAAUAUACAUACGUAUAUUACCAAA